GAUGGAGGACGCACAGAGGUGGGCGGUGGAGGAAGAUGAGCAUAGCGAAGUUGCUGCUUGUCACCGGCUGUUAGCUUGGUGUCACUGCCAGAAAAUAUUGACACAGGGACGUUUGCAGGGAGAUAAAAUGGCUUUGGAAAAAUGUUGAUGAUGCCAAUGUUCUGUUUAAGCUAACUCAGUCAGCCAUGCAGAAGAUGGGGGGACACUGGAGGCUGUGGGUGUGUCUGGCCGUGUGGUUGACCGUGGUGGUACUGCUGUCGGCCGUGGCGGAGUUCGAUCCUUACAAAGUCCUGGGUGUUGGCAGGAAGGCCAGCCAUCCUGAGAUUAAAAAAGCAUACAAGCAGCUGGCUAAGGAAUGGCACCCUGACAAGAACAAAGAUGCAGGUGCAGAGGAUAUGUUUAUCAAGAUAUCAAAGUCCUAUGAGAUCUUGUCCAACGAAGAGCGCAGGUCCAACUUCGACCGCUUCGGUCAGAUGGACGAGAACCAGCACCACAGCCAGCCAGCUCAGGGUUUCCAUAGCUACCAGAACAGCUUCUACUUCGACGAAUCCUUCUUCCAUUUCUCUCGCUCCGGCCGAGACUUCGCCGACAGCAAGUACAUGCUCCACUUCGCUCAGUACAACAACGAUGUCGUGCCCGACAGCUUCAAGAGGCCCUACCUGAUUAAGAUCACGUCCGAGUGGUGCUUCACCUGCAUCCACAUCGAGCCCGUCUGGAAGGAGACCGUGCAGGAGCUGGAGGCUCUGGGUGUGGGAAUAGGUGUGGUUGACAUUGGUUACGAGCGUCGCCUGGCCAACCAGCUGGGCGCUCACCGCACACCUUCCAUCCUGGGCCUGAUCAACGGGAGGGUGACCGUGUUCCACUACGCCGUGGUCCGCGAGCACCUCCGCCAGUUCGUGGAGAACCUGCUGCCUCAGAGACAAGUGGAGAAGGUGACGGACAGCAGCUACCUGCGGUUCCUGGAGAGCUGGCCGGAGGAGAACAAGCCCAGUGUUCUGCUGUUUGACCAGAUGUCAGAUGUCCCACUGCUCUUCAAGCUCACUGCGUUUGCCUAUAAAGACUACAUGCGCUUCGGGUACGUGGACCAGGGUCUGACCGAGACCACGGAAGUCCAGCGCCAGUUCAACAUCAACACGUACGCCCCCACCAUGCUCCUGUUCAAGGAGAACACGGAGAAGCCAGCAGACGUCAUACAGGCCAAAGGCAUGAAGAAGCAGAUCAUUGAUGAGUUCGUCUCCAACAACCGCUUCCUGGUAGCUCCUCGACUGGUCAAUCAGAAGCUGUUCGAUGAGCUGUGUCCUGUGAAGCAGUUCCACCGCCGCAGGAAGUACUGUGUGUUGUUGAUCACGGGCGAUGAGGACUCGUUCUCGGCGAGUAACAGCGCCUUCCUGGCCUUUGCGUCGGCCAGCGCCAGUGAAGUGGUCCGCUUCGCCUAUGUGUACCAGCGCAACCAACAGCCCCUGUGUGACACACUGCUCAAGGACAAGGAUGCACAGCCUCCUCAGGUGGUGAUCCUGGAGAGGCGCAGCACCUCUGGUAAAGUGGUGUAUAAAGAGGUGCUGGGCGGCUGGAACGGCAGUGAAGAUGAUCGUCGCCGUCUGAAUGAGCAUCUGGACAUCCUGCAGAGAGACCCCACCUGCCUCAGCCUGGGAGCUACGCUACCGGAGCUCAACAACGAACUAGCUUCUAUGUUUCUGAUUCAGUGGAUGAACACGGCGUACGACUACAUCAGCCAGCUGUACACAGACCUGCUGUACUCUAACUGGAGAGAGAUGAUGCCCAUCAUGUCACUCAUCUUCUCUGCUCUCUUCAUCCUGUUCGGCACCGUCAUCAUCCAGGCCUUCAGUGAAUCUGGUGACGAGAAGCCCAGCAAGCCAAAAGGGAAGGAGCCACCCAAGACUGCAGAGGGGUCAGCUGGUGCAGAGAGUAAUUCCAGUCGGGCGCCCAAGAAGAACUUUGUGGAGGUGACCGAGCUGACGGACAUCACGUACACCAGCAACCUGGUCAAGCUGAAGCCGGGUCACAUCAACGUGGUUCUGGUCCUCACCAACUCAUCCAAACAGGUUCUGCUCAAGAAGUUCGCCAAGGAGGUCUACUCCUUCUCAGGGAGUCAGUCUCUUCACUACUCUUUCCUGAAUGUGGAUAAGCACCAGCAGUGGAUGGACUCUCUGCUGGAGUCGGCCCCCGAUGCCGUCCUGGGCGACCGGCCCGAUGAGGACGAUGAGGACGGUUCUGGUGCAGGGUCCAAAGCAGACUACACAGGCUAUGUGCUGGCGCUGAAUGGCCAUAAGAAGUACUUUUGUCUGUUUCGACCCGUCUUCACCGGAGAGGAGGCCGACCAGAGCCGUUCCUCUGAUGAUGAUGCAGCUUUAGCCGGUGGAGUCAGCGGAGUUUCGGCGGGGACCGCAAAUGGCACACGCUCAAGGUCCAGCUCAAGCUCCAGCCAGCGGUCCCGCUCACGCUCUCGUUCAAGCUCUAGCACACGGGGGCGCCAGAGGCCCACCACGCUGCAGAUCCACCACAAGCUGGACCGGCUGAACCUGUGGAUGGAGAGGCUGCUGGAGGGUACCCUGCCUCGCCACUACAUCCCCACCUGGCCCGGCCUGGACAAGAUCACCCCCGACAAGAAGUAACUCAAGUGUUAACGAUAACAUUAGCGCUGAUGUUAGCAUGGAUGCUAAUAUUAGCACUGAUGCUGAUGCUAACGUUAGCAUGGAUGCUAAUAUGAGCACUGAUGCUAAUGCUAACAUUAGCAUCACACACAAACACCAGAGGGAGAGUGUCUGAGCUAUGCCACCCUGUCAUACAGAUACACCUUUGCUCUGGGUCUGGACCUCAGGGUCAGGUGUGUGUGUCUGUCUCUCUCUCUGUGUGUAUUUUUUAAAUGCUUCUUUAGUAUGAGAGGAGGACUGUCUAACUGACUGACUGGAUGUAGUGAUGAAAGGAAGCCUAUUCUGUCAUUGCACUGAUAUGAGGGAUGCCCACAGCUGCUGUGCUGAGGUCUGUGUGAGGCACCCGGACCGUCGUCAUGGUUAUGCUUUAGCACAGUUACUGACACCCCCCCCCCCCCCCCCCCUCCCUCUCUAGAGCACACGGUGUGCUUCCCUGAAUCCGGGGUCAGAGGUCACCCUCUCUUUCCUUUGCCCUCUGACACUGCUGCUCUAUCUUCAGAUGUAGAAAUAAUGAAAUGGCUGAUCUCUGGUCCUGGCUAGUCCCCACCUCUCUUCAAUCUAAAAUACGCCAUGAAGUCUCAACUAUGAAUUUCUUAAGCAUGUAAUGGUUUGCCAAGCUACCGACUUUAUAAUUUCUUGUUUUUCAUACAAACAGUAUGCCUUGCCUAUGCAUGCUCUUUUGCCUUCGUUCCCCCACGAUGCAGUCUGUCUUUCCACAGAUGGACAAACAGUCCGGUACGAGUCACUGCACUCCCACUCUGCUUGCUAGACUCCCGACGCGUAAAUCCCACUCUAAUGUACUUUUAAGAUGUGUAGUUAUGUUCCCACUUCAACACUCAUGAAGAUCAAGCUGUCAUGUUGGAGGUGUUGGCCCACAGAGAGAUAAACCCUGCUAGGAACGAAAUAUAGAAACUAAAAAGAAAAAGAAAUAAAGAACAUAUACUGUAGCUGUUAUUUAUGUUGAUGACAUAGAACACUGUGUACUGCGCUAUGUUUAAUUUAUGUUUCCCAUGUGGUCCCUUAAUGUUAAAAAUAAAAUUUAUAAAUAAUA